AUGGUUACCCGCAAGCCCGUCUCCGACGAUGCCUACGUCGACACCAACGCCGUCCCGCGCGUACAAGACAUGCGAAAGGAGCUAUGGAGUGCCACCGACUCCCCGUCGACCGACGCAGGGAGUGUUUGGGACGAUGCUCCUCAGCAAAAGGGCGCCGCUGCCCUGAACCAGCAAAUGACGUCGCAAGAUGUCCCCGAAUCGCUGAAGCCCGGGGGGGUUGCCACACAUGGUCCCCAGAUGAGCAACGGUGUUUGGGACGAUGUCGAAGGCAGCCGGCCACCAACCGCCGCCGUGCCAACAACCGACCCAGACGGCGUUCCGCUGGUGCUGCGGCCGGGGCCACCGCCUGCACGAUCCGAUACAAAUCCAUUCAAGAGGAAGGACGUUCGCGCUGACUCCAACUCAACGUCGCCGCCGGCCAACAGCCCCCCGGCAAUGCCCCCGCUGCAACCUUUGUCGCAGAUGAGCACCGGCGAGAUGAGCAAUAACCCGUGGCAACCAGCUCUCGACCAGCAUGCCCAAAAAGCCGCCGUCGUCAGCGCGCAGCAGUCUCUGCGCACACAGGACAGCGGAGAAUCGGAACGCAAUGCCUGGGCUACUUCUCAAGACCCGAAGCUGCCCGCAAUAUCAACAUCCCCGGCGUUGUUGUCUCUGCCCUCGGAGCCUGCCUCGCCGGCGUGGGACGAGCUGCCAGAGAACCAGACGAAGAAGCCGGCAGAGUCACCGCAACCGAUCAACAACGAUGUUGCCCAAGACCAGCAUGCAUGGGAUGACCUUGGCUCACAGAACAAGGGCAAAGGAAAAGCUUCCGCCCCCGUCGUACCCCCUCCCACCGUCGAGGACGCUCCCAUGGACGAUUGGAACCUCAUUGAUGUUGAACCGCCUGCUGGCCCGCCGCCGGGCAGGUCGCAGGUAACUGAGCAGAGCAAUGAGGCGUCUCAGCAGUUUACAGAUGAAAAGGCACCUCCAGCCUUACCACCACGAAAUGACGAAGAACUCCCGCCCCGACAGCCACCACGCCCCGUCGACGGCAAGUCCGAGACCUACCAGAUCAAGAACAUCGCCUGGUACGAUCACAGCGCUGAGAAGAACCCGCGGGUCUCGCCCAUCCUCGUGCAGAACGCCAACGGGCCGUGUCCGCUGCUAGCCCUGGUCAACGCGCUUACGCUGACGACCCCGCCAUCUCUAUCAGAUACGGCACUUGUUCAGGUCCUCCGCUCUCGGGAACAGAUCAGCCUUGGGUAUUUGCUGGACGCCGUUGUCGAUGAGCUUAUGAGGAGAACGCAAGAGUCAUUACCCGACGUUUCUUUGCUUUACGAAUUCCUGAAGGGGCUCCAUACGGGCAUGAACGUCAAUCCGCGCUUCGUCCCGACUCCUGAGAUUGUCAAGGCCUUCAAGCGCACUUCACUAACCCACCUGCAUCCAACUGAGCGCGACGACUUGAUCCCUGGAACUUUUGAAGAUACAAAGGAGAUGGCACUAUACGCUGCUUUCGCCAUCCCGCUGAUCCACGGAUGGCUGCCAUCCAAGGUUGACCCGGCUUAUGCUGCUUUCGAACGCCAGGCUGCCUCGUUUGAAGAUGUGCAGACGCUCCUCUUUCGGGACGAGGAGCUCCAGGAGAAGUUGGGCACGCUGACGGAGGAAGAAGAGGAGAUAUACUCAGACAUUCAGGCGAUAAAAGCGUUCCUAGAAACUUCUGCGACGCAGCUGACGCCAUCGGGCCUCGAAGUCAUCACGAAAGCCAUGAAGCCUGGGUCCUUUGCCAUUCUUUUCCGGAACGACCACUUUUCCACUCUCUACCGGCACCCUUCAACACAUCAACUGCUUGUGCUCGUCACCGAUGCGGGCUAUGCUACCCACGACGAAGUUGUCUGGGAAUCGCUGGCUGACGUGAAUGGCGAGCGUACCGAAUACUACUCUGGCGAUUUUCGCAUUGUGGGCGGCGAGGGCGAGCCUUCGCAAGGCAGCUCCCGGGGGCAGCCGAGUGUACGCAACAAUGCCGCCAGCCGACCCAGAAUCGACACCGGGAAUGAAAACGGAGGAAACUGGACGACUGUGCAAGGCCGCGGCCGUCAGAGGAACCUUGAGGCGCCGUCACAGCGAGAUGAAACACCACUAUCGCCCAACCACGAACAGGAGGAUCGGGAUCUGGCGCUUGCUCUUCAGCUACAGGAGGAGGAAGAACAGCGCCAUAGAGCGGAACAGUCUGCUCGUCGACGGGAGAGCAUGCUUAGCGAACAGUACAUUGAGCAGCAGGCCCGUUUGCAGCAAGGGCCCACGACCAGACGUUCUGCCAACAGGCAGGCUGUACGAGCGGGCGCUGCACGAAGCAAUAGCAAUGCCAACUCGACAGCCUCUCAAGGCAGCCGGCGCAAUUCUAACAGCAACACCACUGUUCCGCCGUCCUCAGGCCGCCAGCCGGGUCAACCACCUCAGUUGGUGCGGCCACUUGUGCCGCCGAUCGUCCCUGCACGCCGACAAGGUGUGAACCGGCCAGCCGACGAAGGUACGAACCGCCUCCUGGGCAUCCUCAUCAUCACGCAAGUAGCCCAACUGUCGGGCGGCACGGUAAUGGCGCCGCCGGGCCAUCAUUCCCGCUUUCGCCUUCUCGACCGAUGGUGGGCGGUGGUCGAGGCCGGGUAA